ACGGCUACCGUACCUAAAGAAGCAAAAUCAAUUAAGGAGAAGUCUUACCAUGUAACAACACCAUCGAAAAGCUGUGUUUUAUGUAGGGAUGAACACACUUUAUGUCACUGUCAAGAGUUCACGAAAAUGUCACCUGUGGAGAGAAUUGACUAUGUGAAGAAAACUAAAUUAUGUUUCAACUGUCUCCUUCCUGGACAUUCUGCAUCACGAUGUCGUCUUUCCUUUUCAUGUCGUAUAUGCAAAAAGAGGCAUCACACCAUGAUACACCAAGAGCAGAAUAAGGAGUCAGUGAAAACUCAAGCUCACCACAGUCAGCUUACACACCACGAAGAAGACCCGCAGAACGAUGAAGAAGUAGAAGUGGUGGAAAUUUCGUGUAACUUUGCCUGCAAGAAAUCCAAAGGCCUGCUAGCGACGGCAAUGAUAUCCAUUAGGGACGACGAAGGUCACGUGACUCCCCUUCGUUGUUUAAUUGAUCCAGGGUCAGAGUCAAGCUUUUUAAGCGAACGCGCAGCACAAGCUCUGCGAGUCAAGAGGUCACCUGUGAGAGGAACUGUUACCGGUGUCGGCGACCUCCAGAUCAAGAUCAACAGCGCAGCACAUGUUCAAAUAUUGUCAAAUCAAGAUGACAGUUUCCAGCUAGAUGUCAAGGCUUAUAUAAUGCCCUCAAAGCUCACAUCACAACUACCAUCAAGGAAGAUAAAGUAUGACCCACAAGCCUGGUCACACAUACAAGGACUCACUCUGGCUGAUCCUAAGUUCCACCAGCCAGGGCGAGUAGACAUGCUACUUGGUGUAAAAGUGUAUGCACAAAUACUAGAAGGAAAGGUUAAGAAAGGUCCACCUGGCACUCCAUGCGCUCAAGAAACAAGCCUAGGUUGGAUAAUAUUCGGAGACGUAGAAGGCACAGCAGACACUUUACAAGAAACCAUAGUUGUGAUGCAUCAUCAGGUCGACGUAGACGACAUGUUAAAGGCAUUUUGGGAGAUAGACACUACAGAUACAAAGAAGAGUCUCACGAAAGAAGAAGAAAGGUGUGAAAUGAUUUACAAGGAGACGCAUACAAGAAACGAAGAAGGAAGAUACAUAGUAACGUUACCAUUCAAAAAAGAAGAAACACUAUCUCCAAAAGGACAUACAAGAGACAUCGCCAUGCUGAGACUGAAACAACAAGAAAAAAGAUUCGAAAGGGAUCCCAAUCUGAAGAAUGAGUAUGUUAAAGCUAUAGAAGAAUACAUGAAACUAAACUACAUUGAAGAAGUUCCUGAAGAAGAAGUUAACAAGGAAGCAGUAUACCUACCAUAUCACGCUGUGAUUAAAGAAGAAAAAGAAACUACAAAGACUAGAAUAGUCUUUAAUGCUUCUUCUAAAGGCUCUAAUGGCGUAUCCCUGAACGACGAGCUCCUAAUCGGUCCCCAUUUACAAGAAGACAUGCGAAAUCUAGUCAUGAGAUGGCGCAUGCGACGUGUAGCCAUGAUAUCAGACAUAAAGAAGAUGUACUUACAGAUUCUGAUGAGCCCGAGGGAUACCGAUUUCCAGAGGAUACUAUGGCGUAAAAAUACAAGCGAUCCAGUUAAACACUACCGACUGCUUCGCGUGACUUUUGGCACUGCUUCUGCGCCUUAUCUUGCUGUCAAGACGCUCCAACAAGUGGCAGAAGAUGAAGGCAAGGAGUACCCGCUUGCAUCGAAAACCAUAAAAGAAGAUUUUUUCAUGGACGACCUGAUGACCGGGUCAGACACCGUGCAAGAGGCUGUAGAUGUUGCCAAGCAGAUCACUGAAAUAUUGAAGAAGGGAGGGUUUGCACUCCAAAAAUGGGCUUCCAAUAGCACUGACUUCCUAAAAGAAUUUGAACCUUCAGAGAGAAGUACGCAUGUCAAAAUUGAUAUCGAGCUAGGAGGUACAAUCAAGGCCCUGGGACUGUGCUGGAAUAUGGGCGAAGAUAUCUUCCAGUACACUUUGAACUUAGCAGAUCCACCUGAAGUCAUCACGAAACGAAACAUAUUGGCUGACAUUCAGCGACUUUUCGAUCCAUUGGGCUGGAUAUCUCCUGCGUUACUGCCUGCAAAGAGAAUUAUACAGAAACUUUGGCUCUCACAUGUUGGCUGGGACCAUGAAGUAAACGAAGAAAUAAAGGAAGAAUGGCCAAGUCUACGAAAUGGAUUAGAGGAAAUUAAGAAUAUAAAGCUAGAUAGGUGGAUGAAUACGACACAGGACUCGAUGGAAGAUGUCACUAUACACGGCUUCUGCGAUGCUUCUAAUUAUGCCUAUGGCGCCGUGGCUUAUCUUCGCGCUAAAACACAAGAUGGAGAGUACAAGACGACUCUAAUAGCAGCCAAAACAAGAAUAGGACCUGUGAAGCCAAUGAGCGUCCCAAGACUUGAACUGUGCGGAGCUGUUCUACUAUCAAAACUGCUGAAACAAAUAAGCGAAGCAAUCCGAAUACCUACCAGUAAGAUGUACGCGUGGACAGACUCUACAAUUGUGUUAUCCUGGCUGCAUGGAGAUCCUGCAAGAUGGCAAACAUUCGUAAGAAAUAGAGUGGUUGCCAUACAAGACAUUAUACCAAACCAAUGGUAUCAUGUUCGAACUACGGAGAACCCUGCUGACAUUUCAUCACGAGGUAUGGCGUUAAGUGAACUGAAGAACUGCGACCUCUGGUGGCAUGGACCGCAGUGGCUGAAACAUAAGAACAUACAAUUAGAACAUCCAAUAAUAGAAGAGACAGACCUGGAAAUGAAAAAAGUAACAAUACAGGUUAACCUAAAUAGAGAUGAAAAUACAGAAGUUUACAAAGCCUUACCUGAGAAGUUUGAAGACUAUGAUACUUUACCUGAUUUACUGAAGUCCAUCGUUUAUGCCAGAAGAUUCUUGACGUACCUAAAAGAGAAAAACACAAACACGGACAAGACAAUAACAACACAAGAAUUAGAGAAGGCACUACUAGUAUGUACAAAGGCUGUGCAAGCAGAAUAUUUCAAUGAAGACAUAGAAAGCUUAAAAACAAGAAAAAGAAUAAGCACUAAGAGCAAAUUAAGAACUUUAAACCCUUACCUUGACGAAAAUGAUAUCCUCAGGGUGGGCGGUAGAUUGUGCCAUUCUGAGGUAGAUGAAGAACGAAAGCAUCCUAUAAUUUUAUGCAAAUGUCACUUUACAUACCUCAUCAUGCACGACGCCCACCGAAGAACCUUACAUGGGCGAUAUCAGCUGACCCUGAAUUAUAUACGGUCAAAGUACUGGAUCUUAAGAGUAAAGGGAUUACUAACAACUUACCUCAGAAAAUGCCUCAAAUGUGCAAGACAUAAUGCUACUACUAGAGAUCAGCUGAUGGGAGAUCUGCCAAAACAAAGAGUAACACCUGCUAAACCUUUUCUAAAUAGCGGUGUUGAUUUUGCCGGACCUUACCAAAUUUUGAUGUCUAAGGGUCGAGGUGCUAAAACAUGUAAGGCCUACAUAGCAAUCUUCAUAUGCAUGGCCACGAAGGCUAUCCACCUCGAAUUGGUGAGUGACCUAACAUCCGAAGCAUUCAUCGGUUCUUUUCGAAGGUUCGUAGCACGGCGGGGCCGCUGUGCUCAUAUCUGGAGUGAUCAAGGCCGUAACUUCGUUGGUGCUAGUAAAGAGCUCGCUGACGAUUGGCAAGAGGCAAAACUUGAGUUUGACAGUGAAAUUGCAGAAAAACUAGCCCUUAAUGGCACGCAAUGGCAUUUUGUGCCUGCCUAUAGCCCUACGUUCGGCGGAUUAUGGGAGGCUGGUGUCCGUUCAAUGAAGUACCACCUGAAACGAAUCCUUAACACACACCUGACCUAUGAGGAAAUGAGCACGAUAAUCUGCCAGAUUGAAUCUUCUUUAAACAGUAGACCUCUGUGUCCGAUUGACGAGAAGAACAUCGACAGCAUGGACGUGCUCACGCCAGGCCACUUCUUACUUACCGAAGCACCGAUUAAUGUCCCAUCUCCAUCUCUCAAGGACGCCAAAAUAAGCAGUUUGAGCCGUUGGCGCCACACUCAAAAAUUAGUCAACGACUUUUGGCGGCAGUGGCUGCAAGAAUAUUUAUGCCGGCUAUAA